UUACAAAAUGGAUCAACUCUCAUCUGGCCAAGCGGAAACCCCCAAUGGUGGUAGAUGAUCUUUUUGAAGACAUGAAAGAUGGUGUGAAGCUGCUCGCUCUGCUGGAGGUCCUGUCUGGGCAGAAGCUGCCGUGUGAACAAGGACGCCGGAUGAAGCGAAUCCAUGCUGUGGCGAACAUUGGCACGGCGCUCAAGUUCCUGGAAGGAAGGAAGAUUAAAUUAGUCAACAUUAACUCCACUGAUAUAGCUGAUGGCCGACCCUCCAUAGUUCUUGGAUUGAUGUGGACCAUUAUUCUGUAUUUCCAGAUUGAGGAGUUGACCAGCAACCUACCGCAGCUGCAGUCUCUAUCCAGCAGCACAUCCUCCGUGGACAGCAUGGUCAGCUCUGAGACCACCAGCCCCCCAAGCAAACGGAAGGUGGCCACCAAGAUCCAAGGAAAUGCUAAGAAGGCUUUAUUAAAAUGGGUCCAGUACACAGUCGCCAAGCAGAGUGGAAUAGAAGUAAAAGACUUCGGGCGGAGUUGGAGAAGUGGAGUGGCCUUUCAUUCAGUCAUCCAUGCUAUUCAACCGGAACUAGUGGACUUGGAGAAGGUGAAAGGAAGAUCUAACCGGGAAAACCUGGAGGAGGCUUUCACUAUUGCUGAAACGGAGCUGGGAAUCCCGAGACUCCUGGAUCCCGAAGAUGUUGAUGUGGAUAAACCAGAUGAGAAGUCUAUUAUGACCUACGUAGCCCAGUUUCUGACACAUUAUCCUGACGUUCACAGUACAGGCACUGAUGGGCAAGAGAAUGAUGAAAUACUUCCAGGUUUCCCAUCUUUUGCAAAUUCUAUCCAAAUUCUUAAGAGAGAAGACAGGCUAAUUUUGAAGGAAACAAAAGCUUGGAUAGAACAAUUUGAAAGAGAUUUGACAAGGGCACAGAUGACAGAAUCAAAUUUGCAGGAUAAAUAUCAGUCAUUUAAGCACUUCAGAGUUCAAUAUGAAAUGAAAAGGAAACAGAUUGAACACUUGAUACAACCAAUACACAGAGGUGGUAAAUUGUCACUUGACCAAGCAUUGGUAAAACAGUCCUGGGAUAGAGUGUCCUCUAGGCUGUUUGAUUGGCAUAUACAACUUGAUAAGUCUCUUCCUGCACCUCUGGGCACCAUAGGGGCCUGGUUAUAUAGAGCAGAGGUGGCCCUGAGAGAGGAAAUAACCAUUCAUCAGGUUCAUGAGGAAACAGCCAACACAAUACAACGGAAACGUGAGCAACACAAGGAUCUGCUUCAAAACACAGAUGCCCACAAAAGAGCAUUCCAUGAAAUCUACCGAACCAGGUCUGUUAACGGGAUCCCAGUACCACCUGAUCAAUUAGAGGACAUGGCUGAGAGGUUUCAUUUUGUUUCCUCCACAUCAGAGCUACACUUAAUGAAAAUGGAAUUUCUAGAAUUAAAGUACCGUCUGCUCUCACUGCUGGUUCUUGCAGAGUCAAAGCUGAAGUCUUGGAUCAUCAAGUAUGGGAGGAGAGGCUCAGUGGAGCUGCUUCUGCAGAACUACAUGUCUUUUAUAGAAAAUAGCAAGUUCUUUGAACAAUAUGAAGUGACAUACCAGAUCUUGAAACAGACAGCUGAGAUGUAUGUCAAAGCUGAUGGUUCAGUGGAAGAGGCUGAGAAUGUGAUGAAAUUCAUGAAUGAAACCACUGUCCAGUGGAGGAACCUCUCAGUGGAAGUCAGAAGCGUGCGGAGCAUGCUGGAAGAAGUCAUUGCUAACUGGGACCGAUAUGACAAUACCGUGGCUAGUCUUCAGGCUUGGCUAGAGGAUGCUGAGAAAAUGCUAAAUCAGUCAGAACAUGCCAAAAAGGACUUUUUUCGAAAUUUGCCUCAUUGGAUACAGCAGCACACUGCCAUGAACGAUGCUGGCAAUUUUCUGAUUGAAACAUGUGAUGAGAUGGUUUCCCGUGAUCUCAAACAGCAGUUACUAUUGCUAAAUGGACGAUGGAGAGAGUUGUUUAUGGAAGUCAAGCAAUAUGCUCGAGCUGAUGAGUUGGACAGAAUGAAGAAAGAAUACACAGAUUGUGUUACUACCCUAUCUGACUUUGCAACUGAAGCCCUUAGGAAACUUUCAGAGCCCUUAGAAGUCUCUUUCAUUAAUGUCAAAUUAUUAAUUCAAGACGUAGAGGAUAUUGAGCAGAGGGUGCCUGUGAUGGAUGCUCAGUAUAAGAUGAUUACAAAGACAGCACACCUCAUUAGCAAAGAGAUCUCCCAAGAAGAAGCUAAUGAAAUGUUUGCAACCGUGUCUGGGCUCAAAGAGCAGCUAACCAAGGUCAAAGACUGUUACUCUCCACUCAUUUAUGAGUCUCAGCAGCUGCUGUUACCGUUGGAAGAAUUAGAAAAGCAGAUGACGGUCUUUUAUGACUCACUUGGGAAAAUCGAUGAAAUUAUGACAGUUCUUGAGCACGAGGCACAAUCAAGUGCUCUUUUUAAACAGAAACGUCAGGAACUGUUAGCUUGUCAAGAAAGCUGUAAGAAAGCCAUGACUCAAAUUGAGAAAGGCAGUCAUAGUGUUCAAAAGUUUGUGACUUUGAGCAACGUGCUAAAGCAUUUUGAUCAGACAAAGCUACAGAGAAAGAUUGCAGAUGGGCAUGUUGCUUUUCAGAAUAUGGUAAAGAAAACUGGAGAUUGGAAGAAACAUGUGGAAACCAACAGCCGCUUGAUGAAGAAGUUUGAGGAGUCUCGGGCAGAGUUGGAGAAGGUGCUGAGGACCGCUCAGGAGGGCAUGGAGGAAAAGGGGAAUCCAGAAGACCUCCUGAGGAGACACACCGAGUUUUUCAGUCAGCUGGAUCAGAGGGUGCUCAAUGCUUUCCUGAAAGCUUGUGAUGAACUCACCGACAUUCUCCCUGAGCAGGAACAGCAGGGCCUACAGGAAGCCGUUAGAAAGCUCCACAAACAGUGGAAGGAUCUUCAAGGAGAAGCUCCAUAUCAUUUGCUUCACCUGAAGAUCGAGGUGGAGAAGAACAUGUUCUUAGCUUCUGUAGAAGAAUGCAGAGCUGAGCUGGACCGAGAGACCAAGCUGGUGCCCCAGGAAGGCAGCGAAAAGAUCAUCAAAGAGCACAGGAUCUUCUUCAGUGACAAGGGUGCUCAUCAUCUCUGUGAGAAAAGGUUACAGCUUAUUGAAGAACUCUGUCUGAAACUCCCAGUCCGGGACGCUGUACGGAACACACCUGAGAGCUGUCACGUGACCCUCAAGGAGCUCAGAGCUACCAUUGACAGCACCUACACGAAGCUGGUGGAAGACCCAGACAAGUGGAAGGACUACACCAGCAGAAUCUCUGAGUUCUCCUCUUGGAUAUCUGCAAAGGAGACCCAGUUGAAGGGGAUUAAGAACAAGGCCAUUGAUACUGCCAACAGUGGAGAGGUUAAAUGUGCUGUAGAGGAGAUCAGAAAUGGUGUUACCAAAAAAGGCGAGACUCUCAGCUGGCUGAAAUCCAGGCUUAAAGUUUUGAUUGAAGUUUCUUCUGAGAAUGAAGCCCAAAAGCAAGGAGAUGAGCUGGCAAAAUUAUCUAGUUCCUUCAAGGCUCUUGGGACUUUGUUGUCAGAGGUUGAAAAGAUGUUAAGCAACUUUGGAGACUGUGUCCAGUACAAAGAAAUAGUCAAAAGUUCCCUUGAAGAGUUAAUGACUGGCUCUAAGGAAGUCCAGGAAGAAGCUGAGAAGAUCUUGGACACUGAAAAUUUGUUUGAAGCACAGCAACUACUCUUUCAUCACCAGCAAAAGACAAAGAGGAUCAAUGCAAAGAAGAGGGACGUGCAGCAGCAGAUCGCACAGGUUCGGCAGGGAGAAGGUGGGCUGCCUGGCCGAGUCCCAGAGGAGCUGCAGAAGCUAGAGAGCACCCUGGACAACAUGGAGCACAACCGGGAGAAGCAGGAGCGCCGCAUCCAGGUCACAUUAAGAAAAUGGGAGAGAUUUGAAACAAACAAAGAGACAGUGGUCAGAUACCUUUUUCAAACAGGUUCCAGCCACGAGCGCUUCUUGAGUUUUAGCAGUUUGGAAAGCUUAUCUUCAGAAUUGGAACAAACAAAGGAGUUUUCUAAACGAACAGAAGGUAUUGCAGUCCAGGCUGAGAAUCUUGUGAAGGAAGCUUCAGAGAUCCCACUUGGGCCCAAGAAUAAGCAGCUGCUUCAGCGGCAGGCCAAGUCAAUCAAAGAGCAAGUCAAAAAAUUAGAAGACACACUUGAAGAAGAGUAUGUGCUUGACAAGUCCUAA